GAUGCGCCUCCAUUGCUAGGGCACAUCUCUGCUCUUUUAGCCACAACUCAAUACUCACCAAAAAUGCUUCGACAGCGCUUCGGGAAGCAAGUGAAUGGGCAACCCGAAGUCCCGCCUCUCUUCCUCACACUUCCUAGGAUUUUCCGUGCUGCGGCUCAAAAGCUUCAUAACCACAGCGAAAGCUCGGAAUGGCCUGCUGUCACCGCAUGACGACUUAGAUCUGGCACAGCACAGCUUUUCGAAAUCAGCCUGCGAAAUUGCCAGAAGCAAGGAGUUGGAAUGAGUGGAUGCUCUUCUAUCCUAACUCGACGCCGAAUGCCUAUGCCGCAACCACCUGCCAAACUUCAAACGCCAGAUUGUUUGAAUGCUGCCCCGCGCCCAUGCCUCAUGUCUCGGCUUUCUCAUUUUUCUUCUGCGCUAUCCUCAUUUACAGCUUGUUAUACUGUUCGGAAUCAAGUGGGGAGUAUUACAUGAGGAGUAUCAUUUGAGGGAAGGCCGUAGAGCAUAUGCGAUUGCUUGCAUUCAUUUUUGCGUCCAUGUCCAUGGAUUUGCUCCAAGGCACAUCCGCGCAGCGGUGUUAUAGUCGAAGAGGUUCAAUAUUGCAAUGAACUCACAUCCUCGCACUUCUGGAGGAACUGCAAACUAAAUUGCAUAACAUGGAAGCGUGGAUAUUCCCCGCGCGAUUCAACUCGGCACUGCACCACACCAGAUUAUCUUGAAAUUAAGAUUGCCUAUUGAGCCUCUUCCACAUGAGUGCGCAAGCAGCAUUG